AUGGAUGAUACGGUAACUGUAAAUGACAAUUCGUCCACUGCGAUAUCCCACCAACAACAUUCAGAUCCAAAUGAAAACGUUCCGGAUCAGAAUGUUCAUCCGAAAUUAGACUUCAUAUCAACAUCUAAUGGAAAUAUGGAAUCAACGGAAACUUCAGUUCAUACACCUACGAAUACUCUCAUUCCUGAUCAAGCAUUGAAUCAUACGGUGAAUGGUAUGUCAAGAUUAUCGAUGAAUAGUAACAUGUUCUAUCCGAAUUCUGAUCGGUUUCGUCCUCAAAAUACUCCAUCAUAUUAUCCGUCGAAUGUUAACACAUCCGAUCAUCGGGCACAACUAGCAGCUUUCACGCCACCGUUGAUGUCCAUUCCUCUGCCAUAUCACGAAUCGCAGUGGCAGCCACGAAACUAUCAGUAUUCACCGCGACCAUACGUACCGAAUCAGUCAAAUGCAAAAACCUCUUCAAUACCAAAAAAGAAACCGGAAUCAAUAGCACCGCCAGUUGAAUAUUAUGUCGAUUGUUUUGCAUCAAAUUUCUCGGAUAAACCACUUUCAAAUACAGCUAAAUCGAAAACAAAACAUGUGACUUUUCAAGAAUCAGAGGCAACCAACGAAUCCCUAAGAUCAAUUGCAAAUAACAACCUAUUCUCUCCGCCGCCACCUCUGUCAGUUCCGACAUAUCAAUCUACACCUCAUUUCAAUACAUAUAAUUAUUCGCAUCAACAAUUUCCAUACCAUAACUUUUAUUCAUCUUAUUCCGGUAUGACCGCAAAUCCACGGUAUAUGCCUCGUUCUCGUGGAAUGUAUAUGAUGUCGAGAGCACAGCGGUGGCCACCUCGAUUAUACAAUCCCAACUUUUAUCAACAGCAACAUCACACAUCAUACAUGUAUCCUACCUACGAACAACGGCAACUCUAUGAUCCUAAUCAACCUAAACUAAACUCGAUAUCUGAAUCUCAAAAUUCAUUUACAGUUAUUCGAAAUAUUGCACCGAAACAUAAGAAAAAAUUCGAUCAGACAAGUAGUAACGAGAGUUCCACACCUGACUCGAUGCCGGCACGGCCCAUUACAAUACUUCGCAAACCGAGUGCAGAUACUGGAAGUGUCGUCACCGAGGAACCAUCUGCGUCUUCCGAUAUACCAUCUAAUACCGAACAAACCAGGCUCAUUCCACCUGAAGCUUCCGAAAUUCUUUCUCCUCCAGAAACUACCAAUUUGCUGCAAUCCUUGACAAGUCAAGCACUGUUAUCCAUUCUUCAGAGUGCAAACUGUAUAUCUGCAUUGAAUGAGUUCGCUCAGCAGAACAAAUUAAUAAUCAAUUAUGAAUUUUCGUCGGCAUCUUCGUCGAAAUUUACAUGUACAAUGACAAUCAGCGGUCGUCAGUUUCCCUCAUCAUCUCCAUGUUCAACAAAGAACGAGGCACAAAAGCUAGCAUGUGAUCAAGCACUACGUACACUCUACUAUGAAUCAAGUGUUGCUGAACGAUCUCAACUCGAAUUUUCUGAUAAACACGAUUACAUUGCACAUCGAUCUUUAACCAAAUUUCAAGAUUUGAAUGUCAAUGAAUUACUACACGGUCGGAAGACUUUAGCAUGCAUGUUGAUGGUUACUGAUGGACAAUUCGAACAAGCAUUUGUGAUUAGCAUUGGAACAGGGAACGCUUGUCUUGAUGAAACCAUUCUCAGCUACGCUAAUGACGGAAAAGUGCUACACGAUUGUCAUGCGGAAGUGCUUGCACGUCGUGGUUUAAUCCGAUUUCUAUUCGUACAGAUUCAGCAAUGUCAAGAUAAGCAAACAUCUAUUUUCCAAUAUGAUUCUACAACUAGUAAAUAUCAAUUGCAAGAAAAUAUUACAUUUCAUAUGUAUAUAUCAUCAACACCAUGUGGCAAUGCAUCGUUAAGUACUUCUUCUAAAGUUAUCCGCUACAAGCAAGGUCAAACGGAAGGUACUACACUUGCAUCGGCAAGUUCAUUAAAAUAUCCGAUAAAGUCUUGCAGUGAUAAAAUAUCCCGAUGGAAUAUCAUAGGUAUUCAAGGUGGUCUUUUGAUUCAUUUAUUGACAAAACCAAUCUACCUCGAAACCAUAACAUUAGCGUGUGAAUCAACAUUUGAUCGCAAUCAUGUGAAGUAUUCUUUGAGUGAACACUUGAAUGAACAUGUUCAGUUAUUACCAGAACCAUUUAUAUAUCAUUCACCGGAUAUUGAUUGUCCGAAGACGAAAUCAUUCCAACAAGAAAGACAAGUCGCUAAACUUCAGACAAGCGCAUUUGCAUGGAAUAUAACUCAACCGGAUAGAAAUGAACUAUUGGAACCAAUGAUAGGAAAAUUAAAAGCCAAUCGAUCGAUAUCCUCGUUGAGCAAAUAUGAAUUCUUUGUUGAUUUUACAAAUUUUCUACAAACAACAUUACCCGAAGGUAUAGAUUUACCUUAUAAAACUUAUCAAGAAGCGAAACAACUUGAUCCACUUUAUCUCAAAGCAAAAAGUCGAAUAUCUGCUGCAUUCCAAACAGAAUCAUCGGAUGCGAAUAUUCCAUGGCUAAGUAAAAGUGAUCAACUGGAGCAAUUUUCAAUAGAAUAA